AUGUUCUUGUAUUUGUGUGAUAAUAUAGGUACUAUGGAAGGGGGAUCAAAUAGUGUGUCUAAUGGGCAGGUAGAUCCAGAUGAACAAUUAUUGGAUGAUGAUGAUGUAUAUAUAUUGAUAGGAUGGUCGUGCAUCAUUGCGGAGGACAUGUCCAUGCAUACGAGAGAACCUAUUAGGGACAGCAAACUAUCAGGACCUGAAUGGAUAAGGGAGAUUGUUUAUGGACAUUCAGAUAGAUGCUAUGAAGCCUUCAGGAUGGAGAGACAUGUUUUUCAGAACCUAUGUGAAUUAAUGAGGGCAAAAGGUUGGUUGAAAGAUAGUCGGUUUAUUAGGAUAGAUGAACAAGUUGGGAUAUUCUUAUCUAUGGUUUGUCACAAUAACUCCAAUAGAGAUUUAUGUGAGAGAUUCCAACAUUUAGGACAAACAAUUAGCAACUAUUUCAAUAUAGUGUUGAAAGCAAUUAUCAAACUCUCAAAGGAAGUUAUCAAACCACCGUCCUUUGAUGUUGUUCCACAGGAAAUUCUUAUGAAUCCUAAUCAUGAACGAUACUUCAAGGGCUACGUAGGUGCUAUUGAUGGCACCAAUAUCAAUGCUUCCGUCCCUGUGUCUGAGCAGGUCCCAUAUAGAGGUAGGAAAGGGAAUACCACCCAGAAUGUGCUGUGUGUUUGUUCAUUUGAUAUGAAGUUUACUUUCGUGUAUUCUGGGUGGGAAGGAUCUGCCAACGAUUGUCGGGUGCUUUCGGCAGCACUCGAGACUCCUCGACUGCAAUUUCCUCGGCCACCACUAGGCAAAUACUACGUGGUAGAUUCUGGUUAUGCAUCACUUCCGGGAUUUUUAACUCCGUUUAAAGGUGAACGGUAUCAUUUGAACGAUUAUAGGGGGCGUGGAAGACGGCCAAGCACAGCAAGAGAAUUGUUUAACCAUAGGCACUCUUCACUAAGGAAUGUCAUUGAGAGGUCAUUUGGGGCAUUAAAGAAUCGCUUCACCAUUUUGAGACACAUGCCCCCAUUUACAAUAAAAAAGCAAGCACUUGUUGUAAUUGCAUGUUGUGCUCUCUAUAAUUACAUUCGUGAGGAGGACAAUAUGGACAAAAACUUUUCCCAUUAUGGAGAUCCAGACUACCCAUUUGGAGCUAGAGAAGUGGAGGUUGCGGAUGAUACACCACUUGAGCAAGCAGCUGAGAUAAACAUGCUUAGGAAAAGUAUUGCAAAUAAAAUGGCAAGGGAUUACAAUCUGCCCGAGAUUCCAUGAUUUGUGUUUCUGACUUUUGUAAUAUUAUUUUUAAAUACUACAUGACGAUGGGAGAUGAUCCUUACAUGUA